GAAGCUUAAAUCUACAGUCUUGCAUGUCUACACACAGUCUGCCAGCGAGCUUAGAGCUGUCCGCCAUCUUAUACGCACGUGGCUUCAUAAGCACAGUGCACAAGCUGGAAUACCCUCUUAAAGAGACAGUACCGCUUAAAUAGGAAUAACAUGUCCACAAGAAGCUUAGUGGAUCUCUCAGUAACUGAACAUACAGAAAGUCACCCUGCUCCCAAAAACUCAGAUAUGCAGGAAGCAGAGUCCAUGUUAACUGAAGAACAAGCAGUACGAUUUAAACGUGUUAUCAAGCCAACACAAAAGAUCAGAGAGAACUUUGAGGCGACCAAAGAAGAGUUCAGUGAUAAUUUAAACGAUUUAUGGCAGAGAACUGAACACUAUAUAGCAGCUCUUUUAUGGUAUAACAAUGACCCAACAAAGUUAACCACAACGUUGAAUCGCUUAACUAACUCCUACGUCCGCUAUCAGCGACUCUCUGCUAAGUACAUCACUUUCCUGAGCGACUCUGAUUUUGACGAAGCCUCUGACGAGCUGAGUGAGAGAAAGAAUCUCCUUGAAGAGAAGGAUGCCAUAGUACAAGAUGCUAAGAGCAAGGCAGAACUCCGCAUUGCACACUUACAGGAGGCGAGAUCCCAUCGAUCAACUUCAAGUAAACAUACAAAAUAUACCCUCUCAUCUUCCAAAACCUCUCGUUCCGGAAGGUCAGCAUUGCAUGACAAGCUUAUAGAAGUCCGGGCAGAAGCAGAGGAAGCUAGCGUAAGAACUUCCUUUGCUAAGAAGGAGGCGGAGAUUACGAAGAAGAAAGCAGAAAUGGAGGCUGAGACAGAAGCCCAGCUAAAGAUCCUCCAGACAGAAAGGGAAGAAGCAGCUACCUUAGCUAAACUAAAGGUCCUCGAGCAAGCAUUAGGCCAAGGUACCGACCAGACUGUUUCGUCCCAGGAGAAGAGGAAGACCCAGCCGACCGCACUGCCAGUGUAACCCUCUUCAGGUCCUCCACUGGUCGCUGGUUUGUUAAUCUUACGACCCCAUAGGAUGAGAUGAGAGCUUCGUUCGGUCUUACCUCCAACCUCGUUUACCAGAAGUCUCCUCAAGUUCUGCUCGCCAGAAACCGCUGUUACAGUUUUCGUUAAAAUUCUGGAUGUUCGAGCUCAACCUGGACUUUGAUGUCGCUUUUAGAAAGAGGAAGUGUACAGGCAGCAUGACCCUUAUAUACUAUGCCGAGCAGUGAUCUACUUGUUACUCUUUACAUUUUUCUUUACUGCU